UGAAGCGGUCCAACACCAUUGCUGAGAGUUGAUCUAGGAAUUUACGAACUACCUUAGUGAAAUUACAGUUAGUGUUAACAAAUUACAAUAGAAAUGCCACCGAAAGGAAAGGGUGGCAAGGGUGGAAAAGGCGCAGCUGCGUCAGGAGGUGGUGAUGGCGAUAAGAAAGAAAAGAAAGAGAAAGGAGGAACCGCUGUUAAGGUUCGUCAUAUCCUUUGUGAAAAACAUGGCAAAUGCAUGGAGGCAAUGGAGAAACUGAAGUCGGGCGUACGAUUCAGUGAAGUGGCAUCACAGUACAGUGAAGAUAAAGCCAGACAAGGAGGUGACCUUGGAUGGAUGACCAGAGGGUCAAUGGUGGGACCAUUCCAGGAUGCCGCAUUUGCCCUGCCUGUCAGCACUAUGGACAAACCCGUCUACACAGACCCCCCUGUCAAAACAAAGUUUGGCUAUCACAUUAUCAUGGUGGAGGGCAAGAAAUGAUGCUAUCAUCAAAUGUUUUGACAGAAAAGUUAUGACAGUUUGAUUAUUGUACAAGUUUUUAUUUUAUGGUGCAAUCAUUAGCUAAUUGCAAAGGGUAGGUUGAACUUGCCUUUUUUCAUGCAUAUUUUGAACUUGUCAUGAACUGAACACCUAAGCUCAAGAUGGAGGCACUGCUAAACAAAUUGGAAUUGUUCAACUUUCCUAGUGGAAGCACCAUCAGUAACAGUUACAGUGAGUAUUUCUUGGUCUGUUAGCACAUAAUCCCUUUUCAUUCCUGACUGAAGAUUGGAACAGUUUGCCAGCCAUAUCGUUUGGCAUGAUCAUCUUCUCUGUUUCUCACCACACUCUUGUAGUAAAGAGCUUACGUGCUGAAUUCCUUUUCAAAUAAAAACCCAAAUAG